AUGAAGCCCCCAGGAGGCCGCCUCGCUGGGAGCGACGGAGAGAUGGCUCAGCGCGAUCCGACCCAUCACAGCUUCACGCCCCAGGAACUGCCCCCCAAGGAAUCAUCCCACACUUUUCUAGGACAUUUUCCCCCACCCUGCUUGAAGAUCUCCUUCUGUGACGUAUCCAUUUGUAAAAGUGUACUCCUAUUCAACUCUUCUAAAACAUCAAAACAAAGCAAUAAUACCGGGCAGAAGAAAUCAGUGAGUUUGCUAAAACGAGAAAGUAAAAAAGGCUACGUUGUAAACUGGGAGCGGAGAGGAAGCCUCUUUCAGCAGUGGCACCCUGUUUCAAAGGUACUACUUCAGACUUUGGGCGCCAGUACUCGGGGCUGGGAUGUGGCCGCCUCUAAGCAAGGUGCGAUGAACUUGGCAUUGUUGGCCGGGGGUAGCUCCUGGCAGUUGGAGGUGAGGGGAAAGGGCGAGGCAGCUCCCUCCUUCUUGGCUCCCCCUCUCACCCCCCACUUCUUUCCCAGCAGCCGGGUAAAGCUGCGGGCGCGCCUCCUCCUCGCGGUUGGGACUGUCCUCUUCCUCGUCCCCGGGCCGCGUUCCCGUGAGUGCUCGCGCUCCGCCGUGGGUGCCUCCGCGCCCGGGCUGAGCCGCUGGAAGCGGCUGCGGGCUGCCUGCCUGCGUGCCCCCUGCACCCCUCGGGAGCAGAGGACGAGGACAGGGAAGAGAAGAGGAGGAGAAGAAGAGAAGGAGGAGGAGCUGAGCCGGAGGAGGGGGAAGAGAAAGAGGAGGAGGAGGAAGGAAGGAGGAGAGCAGCGGCGGCAGCAGCGCCAGCGCCGGGGCGCGGAGCCGGGGCCGGAGCCGGAGCCGGAGCGGGAGGAGGAGGCGGCGGCGGCGGAGCGAUCCGGGCGCCGGUGCCGGGUGAUCUUCAGAAGCUUCCUAAGACAAUUCAAAUGGAAGAGAUUCCACUUCCUGGCGUGGCGCUGGUGUACUGUCCAGGUUUCACAGGCGUACAGCAAUGAGGUCAGCACAAUGGCUCUGCAGUCCUUUAGUUUGUUAGCCAGUCUAAAACCUCUUCUCUCCCACACUUUAUUUUGGAACUUCCCAAACAAUGAACUAACUCUGGCAAUGUGUGUGUCAACACUGGAAAGUAUACUGCCAAGGAAAUGGCUCUGACAGUUAAAUGAAGCCAAGAAAACACAUGAAUAGAGUGGUAUUAUACAUUCUGGGAAGAGCAUAUCAAAAAAUAAUUGAUCAUCUG